CACCGCUCGGCACCCCCUGCACUCAGGCACGGUGCUUGGAGUGGGACCGGACCCCCAUCCCCGGGGAUGCGGUGGCUUUGGGAUGGGGACUGUCAGCUCUCCAGGUGCUGGCUCCCCAAGGGUUAUUUCUCAGGUGGGAAACCUGAGGCGAUGUCUGGGUCGACGUCUGGGGGAGCCUGGCGCUCCCUGUCUCGGGGACGGGCAGCACAGGUUACGGGAAGCCUGCGCGCCCGGAGAGGAUGCUCUGAAGUUACUGUGUGACGGGGGGACGCGGUGGCAUUGAAUUUCCUUGGCGUGCUUCAGGUGCCCUGCUGCGAGAGGCAUAGAUGUGUGUGUGAAGGUGACUUCUCAGAAGUAGGUUUUGUGCCAUUCAGCAUAGAGGAGGCACCGUCCCAGUGCCCAGCUCCGGUGAGGGAAAAAUCAGGAGCGUGUCGGGGGGGUAGUAAGAGUUGCUCGGUGGGAACGUGGCUUUCAGAGCCCCUUCUGCUCAGGUGCAAGGGAUCAGUGCUGGCGCCGCGGGGAAACGGAGACUCCCGUGAGGCUUAAGGGAGAAGAUGGGAAGGUGCAAAACGGUUAACGUUACUUUUUCCGACUCGUGCAUCAUUGCCGUCCUACUUUUCUCCCUCUCUGAUUCGCCUUGUGGGUGCAGCAACCCUGACACAAUUGAGGCAGUGAGCAAUUAAUUUCUGGUGAAACCCAGGGACCCUGGGGUCCUUGUUCUCCCUGCUUUUACCUGCUUUACUGCAGGAGGUGACUGCGUUGGGGACGUUAAGGUAACGGGUUGCUGAGGGUCGGGCAUCUCGUGGCGGCUGCAGGUUGGGAAGUGGGAAGGAUGCCUGAGCUGGCUGCAGAAAUGUCUUAAUCUGGGAGUCGUGAACGGCAGCUCGCACCCUGCGUUAGAGAGCCCUGUGCUCCUCUGUGUCUCUCGGUCCAAGAAAGCAACAAGAAACCAAUUAGAGGAAAAUUACUGCUUGUCAAGUGACUUCAUUGAACGGUUUCUUCCCCGCUCGGUGGCGGGGAGGGGAUGGCUGAGCGCUGCUAGCAAGCACACAAAGGAAGGCUUGCUCGCCAAGCAUGGAGGCUGCUCUGUGAACCGCUUUGACGCCUGCUUCCCUGCAGCCGAACCCACCCACCCCUGGCGUUUCGGAGCUGCGUCGGCUGUCCUCAGAGCGGAGUUCAGAGCCACCCGCAGCCGCUCCGCUGGCGAGGACCUCCCUUUUCUGUGCUGAAGGAGCUGGGGAGAGGCUGCCACAAUAGCAACUGCAGAGCAUCGCUUCGCUGCAGUCGCGUACGCUGUGCGCACCGGUGGCUUCCUCCUCUCCGUCCCGUGCCACCCUCCGUUGCCUCCCAGAAGGGCACGCGCUAGCUGCCGGCGCUGUAGGGGUUGAAGAGCCUGUGGCCAGUGUGAUGUUUAAAAUAAAAUUAGAGCCUUUAAAAAUGUCAGCUUGGACUCUGAAUGUGUUUGUAAAGUUUCGGAAUAAAUACUCAGCUGCAAGCAGCGUCGCGGUCAUGGGGAAGGACUAUUACAAGAUUUUGGGCAUCCAGUCUGGAGCCAAUGAGGAUGAAAUCAAGAAAGCGUAUCGGAAAAUGGCCCUAAAGUAUCACCCCGAUAAGAAUAAAGACCCCAACGCUGAGGAGAAAUUCAAGGAGAUUGCAGAGGCCUAUGAUGUCCUGAGUGACCCCAAGAAACGAGCCGUUUAUGACCAAUAUGGGGAAGAAGGUCUCAAAACAGGAGGUGGCUCUUCAGGUGGCUCAGGGAACACUUUCCACUACACCUUCCAUGGAGACCCCCACGCCACCUUCGCAUCCUUCUUUGGAGGCUCCAACCCUUUCGAUAUCUUCUUUGCUAGCAGCCGCUCCCGAGUGUUCAAUGGCUUUGACCAGGAAGACAUGGAUAUUGAUGACGAUGAUGACCCUUUCAGUGCCUUUGGCCGGUUUGGUUUCAAUGGCAUUAACGGGGUUCACCGGCGGCACCAGGAGUCCCUGCACACGCGGAGGAAGGUCCAAGACCCACCUGUCAUCCAUGAGCUCAAGGUGUCCCUGGAAGAGAUCUACCACGGCUCCACCAAGAGGAUGAAGAUCACCCGCAGGAGGCUCAACGCUGAUGGCCGGACCAUGCGGACAGAGGAUAAGAUCCUAAACAUUGUCAUCAAACGGGGGUGGAAGGAGGGAACCAAAAUCACAUUCCCCAAAGAAGGGGACGCCACCCCGGACAACAUCCCUGCUGACAUCGUCUUCAUCCUCAAGGACAAGCCUCACUCACACUUCAAGAGAGAUGGGACAAACGUGGUCUACACUGCAAACAUCAGUCUUAAAGAGGCCUUGUGUGGCUGCACCGUGAACAUUCCCACCAUCGACGGGAGGGUGAUCCCGCUGCCCUGCAACGACAUCAUCAAGCCGGGCACAGUGAAGAGACUGCGCGGGGAAGGGCUGCCCUUCCCCAAGGCCCCCACCCAGCGAGGAGACUUGAUCGUGGAGUUCAAAAUCCGCUUCCCGGACAGAAUAGCCCCCCAGACGAGACAGAUCCUCAAGCAACACCUCCCGUGCUCCUAGAGCCCGGGGACUCUUCUCCAAGCAGCAAUACUCCAAACGCACGUGCCACAGCAUCCGACCUGUGCGGAGCAGAGGUGCCAGAGCACUUUCAAAUGCAAAAAAACCCACCUUCCUUCCCCCAAGGUCCUGUCCAACUCACCCUCCUGCCUGCCCCUCUUGGCCUGUUUUCUACUCCAGCAGUGGAGAGGUCGCGAGCGCGGGCUCCUGCCCAGCCCUUCACGGCCCUCUUAGCUGCCAGCCUUUUUUCUUUGUUUUCUAGAGGUCCAGCUUUUCUGCCUUGCACAAGCGAGUGGCAUGGGCUGUUUGCCCAGGGAGGUACAUCACUUUGUCGUUUUUAUGUCACCUGCUUUUGAAGCCAACUUUCUGACUAGAGGAUGGACUCGUAGGGAUUUAAACACAGUGUAAAUAGGACUUUACACGACCUCACACACACACCCCCCUCCGAUGUUAUUUUCCUCUUCUCCUCUUUGAUACUUGCUGCUGUUCGGGGUCCCGGCUGUACCGAGGUGCCAAGGAAACUGUGUAUGGCAAAGGGAUCGCUUCUGCACACAGUGGCCACUGUAGCUGGACUGUUUGUAACCUGGGACCAUGGUACCUAGUCCUACUGCGGUCCGCUCUCCGGUGCCAAGACUACAACCGAGCAUCAUCUGUGCCAAACGAAAACGCUGAGCUCCAAGCGCUUGGUGACGGUUCCUCCCGUCCCCCUGCACCCUGCUCGGGAUGUAGGUCUUGGCUGGGUCUGUCCCACAGACCCGCGUGGAGCUGGGCCAGCAUCUCUCUGUGCCUGCUGCCAGGCCAAAGCCCAAGCGAGCAGGAGGGAAGGGGGAGCCCAGGGUGGGCGCUUUCUUGUUCAGAUGUGUUGAGUUUGCAUUGCUGCUUUUUUUUAUACAUAUAUAUAUAGAUAGAUAGAUAGAUAGAUCAACUCCAUAAGGGUUUUCUCUGCCCGUUUUGGGUUUCCUGGAGCGGUUCAUCCUGCCUUUCAGGGGAUCAGUUCAGCCAUAUGAACAUCAUGCCUGUGAGAACAUAGUAUGUGUGUAGCACAAGUUUCGGUGCAAAAGCAGAGCCAAGUGUGAGCAGAGCUGUGGUUUUCACUAGCGUUUGAGUUCAACCUUAGGGAUUUUCAUAGGAAGAGAAAUGCACGUGUAUAUAUUUUUCUACAGGGAAGAUGAAUUCAGGAGGUGUUUCUGGGCGUUACAGUGGAGCUGGGAGGAGCAUGAGGCAAUCUGCUUGGUGGUUUUGUUUUUAAAUGCUGUAUUUUUUUAAAACUUUGGAUUUCCAUCAGGAGAAUUUUUAUAUUUCUUACCUUUGUCGGCCUAUUCAGCCUCUCGCCAAUUUUUCUCGGGAGGGGGGGUUCUUACGGAGCGGGAGGCAUGUUUGACCUGGCUUUGUACGGCUCAAAAGCUCAUCUUCCACCGCGGCAUCGCCUUCCUGGUCCGACCGGCGCCAAGAAAACCUGUGCCAAAAUAAUC